AUGCUUCUCAUAGCCGGUGGUUAUGAGGGAGGUCUGGUCGGCCUGAAUGUCGACGAGGAUUGCGACUCAUCGGCAUCUUCGACGACUUCCACCGCCCCCAGCCAACCGUCCUUCGCCUUCCGGUUCAUCUGCUCGCAGGGGUCGAUUCGCUGUUUAGCUUUGGGGUCGGACUUCCUGUGUUGCGGAGGGUCCGACGAAACUGUGCAGGUGUACGGCCUGCGUCAUCGCAAGAAGCAUGGCGACCUGCUGUUGUCAGCCGGGUGCAUUACGGCGCUGGGCGCCAGGGGCAGCAUAGCGAACGGCCUGCUGCUGGUGGGCGACGAGCACGGCUCACUGCAAGUGUUUGACGUUCUCAAGCUUAGCCUGAAGAAGCAGCUCAAGGGCCACAAGAGCGCCGUCACGGCGAUAUCAGUGCACCCCAACGGAGAGCUUGCCUUGUCGGUGUCCGAGGAUGCCACCUUGCGGCUGUGGGACUUGAACACUUGCCUCUGCGUGUUCUUCUCUCGGCUGAACGAGCCGGCUAUCGGAGUGCAGUGGCACCCCGGUGGCGAGGACUACUUCAUCCUCUUUGAAUCGCAAUUGUUAAAGCUCUCGCUGAGCGAGGGAGCUAAGCCGUCGGUACACAAAGCCAACAAUACCAAGUACUGCUGUGCGUCCUGGAUCGGCGAUUCCAUCGCAGUGGGGUGCCGUUCUGGUGCCGUGGUCAUCUAUCCACCUGGCGAAGAGUCUGGCACAGAUUUCGGCGGUGUCCACAGUAAGCGGAUCAAGGCGAUCACAUCACUCUCUGGUCGAGUGGUGACUGCAGACUCCGACGGCACCAUCCUGUGUUCUGCCGUCGUCUCCGACGACAGUGAAGCGCCGAAGUUGGUUGAGGCGUGGCGUUUCAACGUGGAAAUGCGUGUCAACUGCUUGACGUGCUCCACCGCCGUUGAGUGA